CUAAUUUCAAUUAAUACUGUUAUGAUUACUUAGCUGCAGAGUCGAUAAUUGUAACUUGCUCUACGUAUCUUUUAUUUUAUCGCUUGGUUUGCCACACAACGUUUACACUGAACAAGUGUGUCGUUGUGAAAGCUGCUGGUGUCACCACAAUGGCUCAAGGUCAUAAAUUUCAAGACUUGGAGGAGACGGGGGAGGCGCUGGUGGCCUUCAUCAACAGCAGCCAGCCUGAGAAACUGAGACAAGUGAAAGACGAGCAUCAGGCUCUUUUUGACCAACAUAUAGAGACGAAAAAGAUUGUGACGCAGAUUUUAAAAGAUGUGGCUCAGACUGAAGAGAGUGUGGGCCAGAGGCUGCUGGACAUGGAGGAGCAGAAGAAGCAACGGGAGAACGAGCUGCAGAGCGUGGAGGAACAGCUGAGGCAGUACACUGCCAAGAGCCAGAUCACUGACUCAGAAUUACAGUUUUUGCAGAGAGAGUUGGAGAGUCUGAGAAACACUGAACACGAGCUUCAGACUCUUCAGAAUGAGGUGGAUGAAGACACCACCGAGGUCAUCCCUUCAGCAGUAUAUGUGGCUCAGGUGUACUACCUAAUAACUAAGAUCAAGUGGGAAUAUGACACCCAACCCAACACCUUGAAAGGAGUGCACUAUGGUGCUGACUUGGCCACUCCCAUCAACAUUGACACAUCUGUGCGAACUCGCAGUGAUGUGAGCGACCAGCUGUGGGACUUUGUCAGCACCGAAUGGUAGCUGAAGGAUGUCAGUAAUGUGCAUAUUAUUUUUGUUUGUCUGUGAAUUUGUCUGUUUUUCUUCUGUUCUGUACGACCUUAGUAUUGUUUUAAAAAUUAAAUAUCUCAGACCUGUG